UCAGCAAACCGUAGCUCUUUACGCCCUCAUUUCGUCUCUCCUCUCUUCUCCCUCCUUCUUUCUCUAUCCAUUUUUCUUCUCUGCUACAUCUAUCUCACUCCACAAUAAUUGAACAUGGCGGCUGAUAUCCUUGAUUGUGGCUAGGAUUUUCUCGUUCUUCUUCUUUCAAGGUUAACAGGAAGUAGACGAAGAUAAUGGACAAGAUUACCAGCCAAAGGAAGGAGAUAUGCCGAAACUGAGCUUGAAAAGUACUAAGAUACUCUGGGCUGAGAUGGCUCGAGCUGAGGCAGCUAAGAAACUCUGGGCUUAUAUAGUGAAGGAUUUGCUCAAGAUCCCAACAGGCGUAACAUAAAAUUUGACAAGAUGUUGCAUUCCAUUUUUCGUGUAGAUACCAUCAACAGGUUCUGGAUGAAUAAAUCUCUCUAUAAGCAUGUAUGGUCGCUUAGUCAGAAGAAGGUCUUGGAAGAUAAGCCUGAUCAAUCAAAAUGGACGCUGAAAUAUAUAGCAUUUGGCCGUGACAUUGAGUUCUCUUGGCUUGCUCGAAAUCUGCAGCCCAUCCCAAACCAGAAAAUUCAUUGGAGAUCUCUAGAAGGUCUUCCAAUCAGUGGUGCUGUUCGAUUUUACCCAAGAGGUACUUCAUCAUGUCUUGUAGAAAAUGUGGCCUGAUGGUCAGACUGUUGUUACUGCAGAUUGGAAGCGCAGUGCUCACUUUUGAGCAUACUUUACUGGUUAUCUUGGUUUAGGGGCUAACUAUGGCGCAGAGAUGGACUUCUUGACGUUGUGGUAUAAACAAUCUGGUAUUAUCUGGUUCUGAAAAUAUGCAGUUUAGGAAUCUCUUUGUAUAAAUUGCGUAAAAAAAAAAAUUGAUACCUUUUUUUGGGGAUUAACCGUGUUAUUGUGCCUGUACAGUUUAUUACUCACCUAAUAUGCAUUCAGAUUUUAAAGGCUUCAUUGUUAGUGUAUGUUGUUACUAGGCAUGGUCGGAUAUGGAUGUUGAGAUUGAAAUCGGGAUGGGAUAGAACUAAACUUCUUAUGCAAGUAGAAACGUACAGUAGUAUGCUUGCCACUAACUUGUUUCCUUUUUAUUUGGGGAAAGGGAAUAAUGUAGAUGAUAAUAUUCAUAGAAGUCAGCUAAAAUUGACGAUCUUAAUUAGUACGAAAAAGGUGGUGUGCGUAGUUCGAUCUGGAAUCUUGUUUGUCGCUGGUAAAGUAGUAUAAGGUUUGCAUCAUGCUCUUGACUUUUAGGAACAAUAACUUAUUUGCAGUCGUGUUGGUGCAGAAAGGAUUGUAAUUAUGAGAAUUGAUCUCGAUAUGGGGUUAUGGCCUGGUAUUUGAUAUAGUUUUUCAUUAUGAGGGUAGUAAGGGAAAUUUUAUUACCUAGAAAUUAAAGAACGAAGUUAUCCACAUUGUGUUGUAUUUACGCCUUUACAUGGUAAACUUCUCGAGACAAAGGAACUUUUCUAGGGCUAUUUUUUAAAAUAAUAAGAAAAAUACAAUGGUUCAGUAGUAGUGUAUGAGGAUGAACAUUGGGACAAGAAAGCCAUUAGUUAGAAAAGGGGGUUGAGGUUUUCAGGAAA